AAGUUUGGGAACCGGAUCGACCGCGCCUUUCCCAUAAUGCAUCAGGAGCCGCAGCCACAUAAUAUGGCGGACACUCUUGAAAGCGAGUUGGGUCAGUCAGCAGAGCAGCAAGCAGAGCUGCUUUUGACCUUCAAAAAUGGUGGCUUCUCUUCAUCAUCAUCGUCAUCAUCAUCCUCAGCCUUUUCACAACCACAGGAAUCACAGCAGGAUUUCUCUCCUUUAUCUGCUCUUGGGUUACAUAGAGUGGGAGAAGAUCGCCCAUCCCCCUCCAAGGAGCCCAGCAUCCAGCUAAAUCGCAGAGGAAUGCCUGCUCGUAUGAGAAAGAAAAACCGUUUGUAUUUUGAUGAUGACCUGGUGAGCUCCCCAACACAAGCUAAAUCACCGAAAAAGACUCCUCGUGGCACACCUAAAAAACAACCUAACCCACAGCCUCUACCACUUGCUCCAGUUAAGAUGAGUGACGGCCUGAGUGGGAUCCAGUACACUCCAGUCAUUACCACGGUAAUGUUGGGGGCUUUGCGGCCAUUGUUUGGAGGAGAGAAUGACUUCCAGGUGGUUUUAAAAGAAGCAUUUCCAGAACUUCGGACUCGCAAACUAACACGACGGCAAUGGGGAAUGAUUCGCCGUAUGAUGGGUAAACCUCGACGUUGUUCACAGGCAUUUUUUCAAGAAGAGUGUCAAUCUCUGGACAAGAAACGUCAUGUAUUAAGAUUGUUACAACAAAGAAAGAUAACAGAUAUUUCAUCUUUGAAAGACUUUCCUCUGCCGAAUCAAAUACCCAUGCAACUGGUAAUUGGUACAAAGGUUACAGCUCGAAUAAGAAAACCAGAGAAUGGAUUAUACACUGGUGUAAUUGAUGCUGUAGAUACAUCAGACAAUACAUACAGGAUAACAUUUGAUCGUCAUGGUAUUGGUACACAUUCCAUCCCUGACUAUGAGGUUCUGUCAAGUGAGGUCGCAGAAAUUAUGCCUCUGUCAAGUUUCUCUCAGAAGUUCCGUCCACGCCCUCCUAUGGGCAUGGUCACUCCCCCUCGACCAUUACUACCUAAGCAAGAACCUGGAAGUGUGGGAGCUGACAGUCCAGCACUCUCACUGACCAAUGAUCCUAUUUUAGCUCAAUCACCCCUCAAGUCCUCCAAAAUUUCAAUGGAUGAUACCCUUGGGGGAUUUCGUGUUAAAUGCCUUGUGCAAAUUGUAAAACUUUCAAAAAUUCUUAGAGCCAAGCGGGAAAAAAUAGGUACUUUACGAGAUAUGAAUGGUCAAGCAGAAAAACAACGAAGUUAUGGCCAAGAACUGAAUGUAGACUUCCAGCGUAAAUAUGCAGGAUUAGUUUUAGAAAUUGAGAAGCUAAAUCGUGACCUGAAUCAGCAUCUCCUGGCAGUCCAGCAGUUUUGCCAAGAGAUUGCACCUGAGCAGUCUGGUCCCACACUGUUGCCUGGGCAAAUACGAGAGCGGUGCUAUGAGGAAGCGGCAACCAUUGUGGAUGUAACUAAUCACUCGAGUGGCUCUCCCCAAGUGUCUAGCCCAGCCAUCCUUGAUCUUAUCACUAAACUCACUUCACUUAUGCUUCAGAUGAAGGUUUGCAUUUAAGAUACAUU